AUGGUCAAGUCAACUUUCCUCCUCGGCGCUUUGGCCGCUGUCGGCUCCUAUGUCCAAGGCAAGGAGAUCAAGGUCGAUGACAAGAAGGCAGCUAGGCUGUAUGACUCCGGAAAGGUGCACAACCAGCUCAUGCAGAGCAAGAUGGAUGUUUGGGCCAAGCAAGAGGAAGCUGGCGCUUUUGUUAGUGAGCAGUACCCCAAGCUUGGUUACACCAAGUGUGUCAAGGGUUUCGCAGAGGCUAUCAAGGGUGAUGCAAACAACACCUUCGCCUGCCACAACGCCGAUCUGUACUCUUUCCUGAGCCACAGCGCUCUUGGCAGCACCGGAGGCAGGGGUUCUUCCUCCUGGGGAUGGACCUCUGACAACGGCCGUGAGUUCGUCGCCAUCGGCCAGUACGACGGCACAGCCUUUGCCGAGAUCACCAAGAAGGGUCAACUUAUCUACCUCGGCCGUCUGCCCCAGUACUCUGUGGUUUCUCAGUGGCGCGAGAUCCGCACAUACAAGAACUUUGUCAUCAUCGGAUCCGAGGCUGUUGGCCACGGUAUCCAGAUCUUCGACCUUACCAAGCUUCUCAAGAUCGACCCCAAGAAGCCCGUUGUCUUUGACGCAAAGGCGGAUCUUACCAGUCAUUACAAUGAACUCCUGCCUGUUGGCCGAGCUCACAAUGUUGUUGUCAACGAGGAGCUCAAGUACGCCGUUGCUGUCGGCGCCCAGCCACGAACAGACCCUAACUGUUUGUCUGGUCUGAACUUCUUCGAUCUCACUGAUCCUUCCAACCCCAAGUCUCUUGGAUGUGCCAAGGGUGAUGGCUACGUGCACGAUGCGCAGUGCAUUGUCUACCGUGGACCCGACAAGCGUUACCAGGGCCGCGAUAUCUGCUACGGAUACAACGAGGAUACCCUCACCAUCUACGAUGUGACUGACAAGGCCAACGUCACCAACAUCAUCUCCAAGAUUUCUUACGAGGGUGCUUCCUACACUCACCAAGGCUGGGUUCUCGACACCCAGAACCAGGAAUUUCUCGUCCUCGACGAUGAGCUCGACGAGCGAGACGGAGCUGGCCCUGGUGCUGACGGUUACCCCGUCACUUUCAUCUGGGACAUCCGCGAUCUCGAGAACCCCAAGCAGACCGGUCUCUUCAAGCACCCCACAAAGUCCAUCGACCACAACCAAUACGUCAAAGACAGCUACAUCUACCAGUCUCACUACGGCGCUGGUCUCCGUGUCCUCGACGGCCGCUCCAUCCCCUCCGACCCCACUGGAGCUGGUGUCUACGAGGCUGCUUGGUUCGAUAUCUACCCCGAGGAUGAUGCCCUUCCUGGUGGUGGUAGCGUUGCUUUCGUUGGAACUUGGUCUUCUUACGCUUUCUUCAAGUCGGGUUACGUCUUCAUCAACACCAUUGAGCGUGGUGCUUUCGUUGUCAAGCUGACAGCGGGAGCCUUCAAGAAGCCCAAGAACUAG